AUGAACAGCGCAUCUGUCCAGGGACAGUCCUCCUUCUUCAAAAAUACACCUUCAGCUUGGAGAGUGCUUCAACAGAACCCUUCGCUCCUGUACACCAUGAUCUUCUGCAAUCCCGUCUUGGUCCUCCACUGUAUCAAUGGAUUCCUCAGUUUUCUGUAUCCGACCGCGGCCCACGACUCGAUGUUCGUCACCUCCGUCCAACCUCAUCUUGACGCCCAUGCUCAAGAUGGCCUUUGUCGCCUCUUCACCCUGUUCAUGGUUGCAUUACAAUCAGCACUCUACUCGACACAGGCGGCCAGGAUCACAACACCACCCUCUUCGGACGGAGGUACGGAUGAGAGAGCUGUCGACGGAUGUAGCCUGAACACGAGGAAUGUAUCAGGGCAGUCUCUGAGAUACCAGUGGGUCACUGAAGAGUCAUCCGGUUAG